GGUAAUUUGAUACAGAUUUACAUUUAAAGCUGAAUCUCAGCUGACGGGACACAAAUCUACAGAGCUGAGUCGUGUUUUUCGCUUUAACAAACACCAAAAUGUUUCAGAUAAAUUCUGACACGUGUUCAGGGUUCCUAUCUUCCACCAUCUGUAAUGCACAACCUCCAAACACACAGGAAAAGUUAUUCACUAUGAACAGAGAAAAGAAAAAACAAAAGCGUGACCGUUGUUCUAGUUGGUGGAGAGGUUUGUGGUUGGAUCUCAGUGUUCAGCUCUCCAUCUCUCACACAGUAAAGGGGAAGUGGUGAUGGCCUGAUACUGCAAAAAUCACCAUAUGAAUAUUUUACACAAGGCCUGUGACAUCUCGAAAGGACGAAAGAAGGGAUUAUUCUGUCCGAUCUAAACUCUCUGUUCAUGUUGUGACCCAAAUGAAUCUUUUUACAGAAUAAAUCUCCAGAUGCAGAUCGUCUAAAACUUUGAAUCAGCUCACUAUUUCUAAAAUGUAACAUCUGUAAUAUAAAGUCAUAAUUCUUCUCAUGAACUCGACUGAAAUAUUUUCUCCAGCUUUUUCUCCACAUCUUGUAAAUGUAAUUGAAUCAAACACACAGGAGAGAAUUUUAAACCUCGUCUCCACGAAAUCCAUCUGAAAAAGCCUUUUUCUAUCAAAGGUACAUGGACAUUGGUGAGAGGAAAGCAUGUAGUGAGCAUGUAGAGACUGAACACACUGAGACAGGACAUCCGCCCAGCGCUCAGAUGAAUGUGGGACAGUAAAGACGCCGCGCUAACAGUAAGGGAACAUUGUGUACAGCAGCAUCAGAACAGCACUGAACACAACAUUCUUCACUGAUAAAGACUCUGAGGACAACUGAACAAACAUGGUGCUGAAUAUUUCAGUAGAAAUCAGGACUCUCAGCACUCUUCUCCUGCUGCGCUGUUUACUGUGUGCAGCUGGAGACAAGACGGUCACACUGCAGGAAGUGGAAGGAACCACGAUAACUCUCCAUACUGGGAUAACUGGAAUUCAGAGUGAUGCUCAGAUUCUGUGGUUUUAUGGACCUGAGAAAGGAGAGGAAAAGAUAUUGAACAGUCAGGUGUUUAAUGGAAAAACUGUGACAGAAAUCAGUGAGAGAUUUAAAGAGCGACUGCAGCUGGACAGAACCAGUGGAGCUUUAACCAUCAGGAACAUCAGCAGAAACCUUUCUGGAGUUUAUUUAUUACAAGUUCUUACUGGACGUCUCUCAUCUAGGACUUUCAGUGUCAGUGUUUACGCUCCAGUAUCAGCUCCAGUAAUAAGAAAUCAAAGAGGAAACCGAAGCAUGUCUUCUACAGAGCCGUGUUUCCUCCUGUGCUCUGUGGAGAAUGGAGAAGAUGUGAAGUUAUCCUGGUACAGAGAGAAUGAGAGAAUCUCCAUCACCAAUAACACAGAUCUCAGUGUUCCCCUCAAUCUCACACUUCAGAUAGAACACACAGAGAAUAACAGGAACUCUUAUAUCUGUGUGUCUGCAAACCCUGCCAGCAAUAAAGCAACUUCUCUCAACAUCGCACAGCUCUGUAAUGAUAACUCAGGACAAACUGAUCAUUCCCAUUCACUGCUUCCUGUCCUGAUAUCUACUGGAGUUUUCCUGUUGUUAUUAAUAUCCAUACCUGUGUGGGUUUGGCUAAAGAGAAAACAUAACAAGCUUCUGAAAAAACUUGGGGAACUGACUUACACUGAGGUGGAAUUUACAGCUCGCAGUGCAGAGAGAGUUAAAAAGGUAAACAUCUCAGUAAAACUGUUGAAAAUGAUCAUGAGGUUAAAUGUUUCAGUGGUUUUAGCAGUAAAGAAAAAUGGCACGAGUUCCACAGGAGUGAUAAAAUCUCCUCCUGAUUCAGAGACUGAAAUAUCCUGCUGUCUCUGACAGGAAGAAGAUUCGAGAAUAACGGAUGAUGAUCAAGACCAGAAAGCCUUCGUGCUGUAUUCAGUGAUGAAGAGACUCUCAUAAUUCAAUACAUCCUUCUUUUGUUUUGGUCACAAAUUAUCUCUGUAUUCUGGA